UUAUCAACCGGGAAAUGGAGUUGAAAUCAGGAGGACAGAAAGGGUAUUUUCGUCAGAAGAACGACAAAAACAAAACACAAUCGGCUAUAUUGCGUUGUAUUGUAGCGAAGUUUGAGGGAGGGAAAAACGAAACGGAAAGAAUUUCUGUUUUUGGAUUCAACGAUUAUUGUUACGUUACAAAUCUCUCAAAAUGAGCAGUUUCUCCUUCAAAUCCUUCUCGUGGAGGAAAUCCAAAUCCUCGAAAUCGGAUUCCGGCCGUUCCUUUUCGUCGUCGCCGGAGGAAGAGCGGUUCCUGACGGAAAAUAUGGGAACUCUGAGAGUGCCGGAGACCGUUCCAUCUCCCGCCGAGGACUGUGAUAGGCUCAAGAAAGCUUUUGAUGGAUGGGGAACGGAUGAGAAGGCAUUGAUAAGGAUAUUAGGACAGAGAAAUGCAGCUCAAAGGAAGGCAAUUAGAGAGACUUAUCUCGAGCUAUACAACGAGUCGCUGAUUGAUCGCAUCCAUGCUGAACUCUCCGGUGAUUUUAGAAAAGCCGCAAUUUUGUGGGCAUAUGAUCCUGCAGAGAGGGAUGCAAGAUUGGCAAAUGAAGCUUUGAGGUCAUAUAAGAAAGGCAUCCAUGAGCUUCAAGUAUUAGUGGAGAUAGCCUGUGCCACAUCUCCUCACCAUCUGAUGGCAGUAAGGCAGGCCUACUGUUCUCUCUUUGAUUGCUCGCUUGAGGAAGACAUUUUCUCCACCAUCUCCAUGCCUCUUAGAAAGCUUCUAGUUGGUUUGGUGAGUUCCUUCAGGCAUGAUAAAGAGGUGGUGGACAGUGUCGUUGCUGAUUCAGAAGCCAAUUUAUUACACGACGCUAUCAAUGCGAAGCAAUUAAACCGCAGUGGUGUCAUUUGGAUACUGAGCACAAGGAAUUUCUUUCAGCUUAGAGCAACCUUUGCAUGCUAUAAGCAAAAGUAUGGAAACCCUAUAGACCAGGACAUUGUGAAAUGUGGAAAUAGUGAUUUAGAAUCUCUCUUCAAAAUAGCGAUUUGGUGCAUUGACACUCCUGAAAAACACUUCGCUAAGGUAAUCAACAAGGCCAUUGUUGGGCUUGGAACAGAUGAAGAUUCACUAACCAGAGCCAUUGUAAGUCGAGCUGAGAUAGACACAAUGAAAAUUAGAGAAGAGUAUUCCAACAUGUUCAAAAACAAGCUCGACGACGAUGUUAUCGGCGACACGUCUGGAGACUACAAGGACAUGUUGAUGAUCUUGCUUGGAGCUAAAGUUUGAUUCUUGCCGUCUUCUUCUUCCCUUUCUCUUUCUCACUGCAAUUUCCAUGUUUGGUUUUGGGUAUUGAUUUGUAGGCCUUUAAAUAAAUAAACUUGUUCGUCUUUGUAUAUAUGUUUGGAAGAUUGAUUUUUUAUCCCUCUUCUAAAGAAAUAAGAAAUAAUAAAAAGGAACUCUUUGUAUCUUGUUA